ACUUAACAUAAGAUAAGAACUCGUCCUUUCUUUCUCUCUCAGACACACGACCCACACACACACAUACACACAGAUUCACAAGCAAAAUCAAGAACCCUAAAAUCUAAAGAACGUCCUGACAUAAUCACACGAUCAAAAAUGGAGGGAGCAGCGAUGGCAGCGGCGAGUUCCUCAUCAUCACCAAGCCGCUACGAGUCGCAAAAGAGACGAGACUGGAACACUUUCCUUCAGUAUCUAAAGAACCACAAGCCACCUUUAACCCUGUCUCGUUGCAGUGGCGCACACGUCAUCGAGUUCCUUAAGUACCUCGACCAGUUUGGUAAGACCAAAGUCCACGUUGCGGCUUGUCCCUUCUUCGGAGUACCGUACCCACCGGCUCAGUGCACUUGCCCUCUCAGGCAGGCUUGGGGAAGCCUCGACUCUCUCAUCGGCCGUCUAAGGGCUGCGUUCGAGGAAAUCGGCGGUGGACUUCCAGAGUCAAACCCUUUAGCUGCCAAAGCGAUUAGGAUCUAUCUUAAAGAAGUACGUGAAACUCAGGCUAAGGCUCGAGGGAUUCCCUACGACAAGAAGAAACGGAAACGACCUCGUACAGCUAAGGAAACUCAGAAGCCCGAUGAUGGAGAAGGUGCCGGUGGAAGUGGAAGUGGUGAUUCUGCUUUGGUUAUUUCUGCAACUGUGGUAUAGUCCAAAUAUAAGAUGCUAAAACUAAAUAUAAGAAAACUUUGGCAUAGUAAUUCUCUCGGUGUUCUUUACUUUAUAAAUUUUAUAUGUUGUGUAGUCGUUUAUUUGAGUUGUAGAAUGCAAUUAUAAAUGGA